AUGUCAGACAAAAAAAGGACAAAGAUUUCUAAGUCAGUGAAAACAAAACUGCGACAGAGUACUCUAUUUGAACCAGAAAUAAAGGUCACAAAAUGUGCUCAGUGUGGCUACGAGUGGAUAAAAACAAUCAAAAAAUCUGUUACUCUUCAUAAUAUGCAUCACGACGACUUCUUAAAUGGACUGACUUUACCUAAGCCUAAUUACAACACGUUAAUUAAUCAUGGAAACUGUGUGGAUACAUUUAAAGUCGGAGGUUCUCGUUUAGCAUUAUAUAUGUGCAAAUCCAACAACCCUGUAAUAACCAAAAUAGUGGACUCUAUGAUGAAGACGCUCAACAAAGUAUGGCUCAAUUCUAUGGGGGCAUCGACCAGUUGGAGAAAGAGGCCUGAUGAAAGCCCGGUGUUUUUGCUGGUGGAAAAAAGUCCCACUGACAAGCUGUCACGUGUUAUAGGAAUAACUACCACCGACCCACCACCGAAACAACAGGCAUACAUCAAGGGAUAUUGCAUGGAACUUGAAACAGCAAACAUUAGUUCAAAGGAAGAACUGAAGCUAAGCAUCGGGAUCUCAAGAAUAUAUGUAUGUCCAAAAUAUCGAAGGCAUCAUCUAGCUAUGGCAAUGUUAGAUGCUGUUCUUUGUCAUUCAUUGUAUGGUGUUAAAUUGAACCAAUGGCAGAUAGGUUUCAGCCAACCAAGUGGUGCUGGAACUUUGCUAUUGAAAAAAUGGUACAAUAACUCUAAACACAUUCCCGUUUACCAUGAAGUUGAUAAUUGA